AUGGCGAUCUGUACUUAUAACGCACGUACGCUUGCAUCGGAAGCGGCCCUCGAAGAUCUGAUGAUGCAAGCCAAGAAGAUUAAGUACGACGUCAUCGGACUGACCGAGACGAGACGACGUCACCCUCUCAACGGAAAAGAACUGUUCUUAGGAACAUGCGACAGUAGAGGAGUUGGUGGAGUCGGUGUCCUCGUCAACAGACCAUGA